CUAACUUUAAAAUACAAAAACGCCUUUUCUCUUUAAAUGCAUCUUUUAUGAAAGAAAAAAAUGGUUGGGUUAUUGACAAAAAACCUACUAAUUCAUCAGCGGAAGCUCAUGGUUCAUUCACAUCUGUACGCUCAGAAAAUUUAAUUGUGAUGGACUUACCGAUGGUACAGAAAAUAUAUGAUGAGCAUAUACAAAAAUUAGAAGCAAAGAAUAAAGAGAAUAAAGCAGAGAUAAAGAAAAUAUAUGAUGAGUAUAUACAAAAGUUAGAAGAGCAUAAAGACGAGAUAGUUAAAUUAACAAAUAAACAAAAUGAUGAGUAUAUACAAAAGUUAGAAGAAAAGAAUAAAGAGCAUAAAGACGAGGUAGUUAAAUUAACAAAUAAACAAAAUGAUGAGUAUAUACAAAAGUUAGAAGAAAAGAAUAAAGAGCAUAAAGACGAGGUAGUUAAAUUAACAAAUAAACAAAAUGAAGAUAGAAUCGAUUUUAUUUUAAAAUCAGAAGAAGUGUUUAAACUUCGAAGAGUCUGUAACGUUAGAGCAGCUUUGGAGUAUAUCCGCAGUUGGAUUUCUCGCAAGAAAGGUCAUGAUCCUCUGAUAUAUGAACCUGUCGAUAAAGUAUUAGAAAAGCUGAACAAUGAUCAACGAUUUAAAGAAUACCUGAUAAACACGUGUGAGAUGAAUAAUGUAAAUGUAGAAGCCGUGAACAAAUGUAUUGGUGGUCUGUAUCAUAAAUCAUCAAAAGAACUGCAUGGUCAUGACAAAAUCGUGAUUCAUGAAAAAGAUUGGGUAAUAAAUGAGAUAAUUGCCUUAGGUCUUAUUUUCAAAUAUUUUGCUGUUCCUUUCGAUUAUAUGAAUGAGAGAGAUGAAUUUGUGAAAUUUCCAUACAAAAACUCACAUAUGAGACCGCGCGGUCCUACAC